UGCACAUUCUUUUGUUGAUGCAGUGAGUGGGAAAUACCAUCGGCAACAGAUGUCGCAGUAGUAGCAGAAACGGAGCGCAGACGGCGUUUUCUGCUGCAGUGCGUCUGCGGUGUCGACGGUCGAGGAGACUUGGCCUGCACUGGCUAAAGACAAGGUGUUUUCGAACGGCCUUAUGGGGGAUUAUACUUUCAGUGUAUCCGCCAAUGUGAGGGCCUUGUCUCCAGUCGAGUUCCAGCCCAAUCCAGGUAACAGCGCCCUAUUUUUUAGUCCAGAUCAAAUUGGCCACACGAUGCAAGAAGACCUGCUGCUCGAGAAGAGCGCCGGCAAACAGGCCUCAUCCCAGCUGUCGAGUGCAAGUGUCGAGACUACAUCCAACGGAGAACAAGCCUUGGAAGAGUAUUCGUCGCGCAAGGGCAAAGGAGAAGACCCUGCAGUGAAUUCGCUGCCCGAAAAGACGGAGAGCCCCGACGUAGUGCCUUCUCCGCUGCAAAUGGGCUUCUCGUCGGAGGUGAUCGCCACUUCGGGAGCCAACUUUUGGUCAGCUGUGGCGGCGGACGAAGCCUUUAUUCAAGGCAUCCCCACUGUUAACGGCACGCUGGCUUUUCCCAGCUUCCCGAGCCCCAUGCUUGGUGCAGGCCACCCGCAGCGGCGAGCCAUCACGGGCGCACACAAUUUCGCUGCGCCGACGAGGGGCCCGCCGCCUCAGGGGCCUCCCCUGUUCAAGGCCUACUCCAGCUGGAGCAGCCCUCAGCAGCCGAGCUGGUCGAGCCCACCGUGGAGCGGUUUGACCCAGAAGCGCUCGGUUCCCAGCCUCGGGCCGCUCUCGCCGGCCGGCAAAGAGAGCCCCAAGUUUCGUCGGAGCACUUCGCUGCCCAAGCCGGACGAGGACGGCUUCCAGGUCGCCCAGGGUCCGCUGGACACGCUGCGGUUCCCGCUCGAGCAGCAACUGCUCGACAUGGUGCGCCAGGAUCCUCCCGAGGCGGCCCACUACUGCAAGCCGGCCUGGGGUGGCCUCGGUGCUGCGUCGACGCUCAGCGGAUCGGCGUACCCGGCCAGCACUGCCGAGUUCAGACCCGACGAGGCUCGGCUUCAGGCGCGUGGAGGUAAGCCGGGCGGCCAAGCGCGCGACCCAAACACGAGCGCGCACUACGCAGGACGCGGCGGCUUCUCGCGGAGGAAAGGGCGCGCGGGCGGCGGGCCGUGGCUCUUGGCCGGUGCCAAGUCGCCCUUCUUCCUGGACGGCGACCUGGUGCUCGAGGAGCAGCGGUGCUCGCCCAAGGGUGGUGAGCCGGCGGCCGAGCGCUACUCGCGCAAGGUGUUCGUGGGCGGUCUUCCGCCGGACAUCGACGAGGAAGAGAUUACCGCCAGCUUCCGGCGGUUCGGACCGCUGGUGGUGGACUGGCCGCACAAGGCGGAGAGCAAGUCGUACUUUCCGCCCAAGGGCUACGCGUUCCUGCUCUUCCAAGACGAGUGCUCGGUGCAGGCGCUGAUGGACGCUUGCAUCCAGGAGGAGGACAAGCUGUACCUGUGCGUGAGCAGCCCCACUAUCAAGGACAAGCCCGUGCAGAUCCGGCCCUGGCGGCUCGGUGACGCCGACUUCGUGCUGGACGCGUCGCUGCCGCUGGACCCGCGCAAGACGGUCUUCGUGGGCGGCGUGCCACGGCCGCUGAAGGCCGUCGAGCUGGCCAUGAUCAUGGACCGGCUGUACGGUGGCGUCUGCUACGCAGGCAUCGACACAGACCCCGAGCUCAAGUACCCCAAAGGAGCCGGCCGCGUGGCUUUUUCCAACCAGCAGAGCUACAUCGCUGCGAUCAGCGCGCGCUUCGUGCAGCUGCAGCACGGGGACAUCGAGAAACGGGUCGAGGUCAAGCCGUACGUGCUCGAUGACCAGAUGUGCGACGAAUGCCAGGGUGCCCGAUGCGGCGGCAAGUUCGCGCCCUUCUUCUGCGCCAACGUGACCUGCCUGCAGUAUUACUGCGAGCACUGCUGGGCCACCAUCCACUCGCGGCCAGGUCGCGAGUUCCACAAGCCCCUGGUCAAGGAGGGCGCCGACCGGCCGCGGGCUGUGCCCUUCCGCUGGUGCUAGGCGCGUGUGAUAUAGCCUCUGCUUGAGUUCCCCUAGGGACAAUCAGACGCCCGUAGACGGUCGACACGUAUAUAUAUAUAUAUAUAUUUAUCGACAUAUCCUUUCUAGUCAGGCAGCCGUAGCAAGCUCACAGACAGGGUUGUUGUGCCAAACUUGGUUGGCUUGCCCCAGGGCGUCAGUGGGGGAUUCAAGCCUGUAGUCAGCGCUGCUGAGUGUGUCGUUUGCCUCUCCCCGUUGAUCUCAGGCGGCGGACGCCAGUGUGUUACUGUUAGGCGAGCAGUUUGUUGUUGCCGGGCCACUUAGAGCAGCCCGGUGGCUCCAUCAGGCUAGCUAGCAUGGUUCCAGCUGUUUUCUCUUCUGCAUCGACGUGUCUUUUAUAUGCUACUCCAUGUGAUCAAAAUUUUAGCCUCUGCUCGUUUCCCUUUUGGACGUUUUUUGUUACUUUUUUUAUAAGGUGUUGACUUUUUUAGGACAAGUUCAAAGAAGAACUUACUUUAGAAGUGCGCGAAAAGUGGAGCGCCAAGCGUGGGGUUUUUGCCGUCCGCUUCCACACUUUGCAACAAUGUGUGAAUCGAGUGCAGGAGUUUUAAAGUUGCACUUUUUUAACGGUAAUCGACUUUCAAGGCAAUUACUGUGACGUACUAGUCAGGCAGUGCUAGCAGAUGUUUUUUGUACAGUCAGCUUACUACACACACUCGUGUCGAGGUCUGUGUACAUGCUCACUUGAGCCCGUUUCGUUUUCCUAACAUCAAAUGUGUGCUUUAAAAUUAGCAGCUUUACUUGGGUUACGUUGACCAGUUAAAGCUGUUUUUUACAUAUACUGGCUCAGGGUUAUGUGCAAAUAAGAAGACUGCAGAAAUGUUGUCAUAUGUUAGUGACCUUGCAAUCACUUUGCAUUAAAUCUUUUUUAGAUGAUAUUGUGCCGCAUCCUACAAUUCUGGCCCCUGCUUCAAGCUGCGGGCACCAGCAGCAUUCUACUGAAUGCACUCUAAAACAGGGGCUCCAGAACUGCAGCUUCAGUGUAGGAGCCAGAGCUAAUUUCACCUACACAAGCUUCUUUUUAUUCUUCAAUCGUGCUUAAUUACUACAAUGGAGGGCGUCAGCUAUCAGGGUUAGAAGCCAGUGUCCCCCAGCAAUAAAACUUGUGGAGGCAUUUAUGCCUUAGCCUACCUAGUUCCAAGGCCCCCGACACUUUCUUCUGGUAUUAUGGGAUUGCACAAUUACUUCCCAGACUAUUUUUUUUCCAGUCCUAUUACACAGGGAUGCACAUGAGUAGACGACUAAAGGAAAAUGCAAAAGUCUCACUUAGGCAACAUGAAAUAACUGCUGAAAUUUGCAGCAAACAUGUUGGAAUCCUUUUCUGAUACGCAUGCUUUCAUACAAAUGAGUGCUAAAAUAUUUUAUACAUACUUGGAAUUAAUUCAAUUCCUUGCCUUAGGAGGUGGUUUCGAUGGCAUCCAACUUUGCCCUUGGAUACCUUGCUUUACAUUUUGCGUAUGAUAUGUAUAUGAUACAAGAAUAGGUUUUUUGUACUGAUAGUAUUCAAAUAUUUCAACACUGCAAGGUGUUUCCACAUGCACCAUUAACACACUAGUCAUAGCCGAAGAUCUUGUUUUCUUCAAGCGUCUAUCAACCAAGCCAAAUGAUCAACAUCUGCUGAACAGUGCUUGAAAAUGGCAGUUACUAUGUGCUUGUUGAAAUGUCCUAGCCGUAGCAGCUGUUAUGCACCAUUUGUUAGAUUAGAUGAAUGUAUAGAUGAAGACCAUGUCAUUAUCACAAGAGUGGAUUAUAAAUGCUCAAAUUUUUAGUUGCCUUUGUAGAUAAAAGGUACCAAAGCACCAUAGGACCUUAUGCUUGCAUUAGAUAAUGUUUAAUAUUUAGAGGAAUGGAUACCACAUUCCUUUAGCAAUGACAUAAUCCAAAGGAGCAGUGCCAUGCAUUUGUUUUUAUGCUUUUCUAUUUCUCAGCAUGUGGCAUUGAACAUUGCUACAUUUGUUGCAAGGCUCCACAUCAUUUGUGCAAUGGACUGUUCCUAAUGGCUUAAUGUAGCUUGUGCCUUUUCUUCCAUUUCUAAGACAUAGUUUAACUGAUCGUACGAUUGCAAUUCUAAUAAACAGUGUGAAAACU